AUGGUGUUCCUGGAACUGAACCUCUACUUCAGUUUGCUUAGAUGGCGUACAGUGGUGCAGUGGAUUCCUGAAAACACCAGUCCUAGUAUUGUAGGUCUUUACCCCGAAGGGAGCCCUUCCAGAAAUUCUCGAAGGCCCAAGACAAGCUUAGGCCCAGGAGGGGGUUUGGAAAUAGUUUUCAACCAGCAAUAGACGCGCCUCGGUUAGAACCUCAUAAGCUGCGUCAUUGC